CUGCAGCUCAGGCGUACCCUGCUCGCCCCACUCUUCCCAGCAUCUUCAUUCUGCCUGGCUGCGGUGGUACCUAUCUUGACGCUCUCUACCUUCCUUCCCUUCGUUGAGCUGGUACAAGCUCGGCGCUAGCGCCUCUGACGCCAUGUCUGGCAGCCGCAACCUCCCCUCACGGGCUCAGUCCGCUCUAGCCUCCUUCCUCCUCGUGGCUCUCUCCUUUUCCCUCGCUCCUCUGACUGCGCUCUUCACCCUAUAUGCCCUCUACACUCGGAAGAGGUCCCCGCGAACAAGAGCUGCAGGACGGCAGCGCACAGCUCUGGUCAAUGGCGGUCGCAUGCAAAAGUGCCUGUUCAUCGCCCGAGCCCUCGCAAAGCAGGGCUGGAGGGUGGUGGUAGUGGAGGAACAAGGCUGGGGACUUUUAUCCCCCGCACGCUUCUCAUCCUCAGUGGACAAGUUCGUUCUCGUCCCUGCUGGGGGAGGACAGAAGUACAUCUCUGCUCUGAUCGACGUGGCCAUUGCCGAGGAUGUCACUCUCUUCGUGCCAUGCUCUGGAGCCGGUACUACUGGAGAAGAUGCCAAAGCUGCAGACCUUCUUCGACAAAGGCGGUCAGACCUGCGAGCUGUGAUUCAGGAUCCCGACCUCGUUGAGCAGCUGCACGAAAAGGACAAGUUCAUCUCGCUAGUCCACUCGAUGGGCCUUGAAGCGCCGAAUUCAGACGUCGUAUCUUCGCCAGAAGAGCUCUUGUCUCUGCUUCAACAGCCGGCUUUGGCUCCUCGCAUCCUGAAGUGCGCUGCUGAGCUCGACGAUGUUGGCAGGUCCGACUUGACUACCUACCCAUUCCUUUCACCAUCAGGCGCUCCUGACUGGCCAGCGACGGAGAAGCGAAUUCGCUCCCUGCCCAUCCCCAUCGCUUCUUCCACUCCGUAUAUCGUCCAAGAGUUCAUCGACGGCAAGUACACGUCUGAGUGGUGCACACACUCGACUGUCAUCGACGGUCAAGUCCGAGCCUUCGUCUGCUGCCCCAGCAACGACAUGCUCAUGACCUACUACCCAGCUCAAGACCACCCCAUCGGCGUCAGAACGCUCGAGUGGACUCGACAAUUCAUGACGGCAUUACUGCAGGACGAAAAGUGGCAAGGCAAAUGUCUAGACGGACAUUACUCCUUCGAUUUCAUACACCAACCCGCAGCCAAGACGAACCCCCGUCUUCCCGGCUUCUACGAAAAAGGCCGCAUCGUCGCAAUCGAGUGCAACCCACGAGUGCACACUGCCGUCGGUCUCCUCUCCCAAGUUCCAGCAUUUGGAGAAGCAUACGCCGAGCAAGACAAGAAGAAGGAAGACGAAGACGCAAAUCUGUCCGCGCCCGUCGUGCCCCUGCCUUCUUCAUCUCCCAUGAGCUGGCUCGCCCACGACCUCCCUGCCCGGCUUCUCCCCCUCGUAGUACCCCGCCUGCUGCGCCGUCUCGUCCAUCCCCUCUGGCUGCGCACCUCUGAUGUCCACUCUCCCACCGCUGGCGCUGGUGCUGGCGCUAGCGCUGGGGGCUUUGACUUAGAUGCACCCGGUUCGCGCGAUGCAGCGUGGGAUGCAGAGGAUCCGCUGCCCUUCUUUGCCCUCUAUCACCUCAUGUGGCCAUACCUUAUGCUAAGGCAGGUCUUUGUACGCAGGAGAGCCUGGAGUAGGAUCAAUGUCUCGACGGCGAGGAUCUUCGAGUGCUGAGCUAGGCGAGGGGCGAUGGAAGGGAUUGGGAGGAGAACGAGAGCAGCCUGAUACUGGAGAUCUCUCUCUCUACAUGGCUCCACUUCCUGGUCAGCCUCUGUGAUUGUACCGUCACUACAUACAAUUGUCGUCUCUACAAAGUGGUAUGUCAAUAGCAAUACGCAUUGAAAAACAUCAGGCCCUUGUGAUCAUUUACACAGACCCGCACGCAAUUGUAAGGCGAGAGCAUCCCUUGACACUUUUCCUCGUCUAGUCCCUCCCCGCUCACACGCCCAGCUGAUUAGCUACCCGUUCCACCAGACUUCCCUUGAGCAGACCACUGUGGAGAAUGCCAGCAGGUUCGUCCCCUGUAUUCCUGUCCGAUCCGGCCUUUGAGCUAUCAGGAGCGCCCCACCCGCCUCCUCCCGGUGUCUCGAUGAUGAUCCGGUCGCCGCGGGACAUCAUUGUUGAUGCCUUAGAG